AUGUGGGAAAUCUAUCACUGCAGGAAAUUCACAAGUCCGUUUAUCGAUGAAACAGGACUCCUCAGGGUGGGCGGUCGAAUUCGUAACUCGUUGACCGCAUUCGACACAAAACAUCCGAUUAUACUACCAGCCGAGAGCACUUUUACAAAAUUAUUAUUCAAGCGAGAGCAUCGUAGGCUAUUACAUGCAGGACCGCAAACAUUGUUAUAUGCAAUUCGCGAAAAAUAUUGGCCUCUCCGAGGAAAGAAUCUAGCGAGGAAAGUUGUACAUGAGUGUAUGACUUGCUUCAGAAAUAAUCCGAAACCACUAUCACAGGUAAUGGGACAAUUACCAGCAGAUCGGGCGAUACACCUUGAGGCAGUGAGCGAUCUUAGUUCGAAUGCGUUUAUAGCGGCACUUAGAAGAUUUGCGGGACGACGAGGUUGUCCACAGCGGAUAUAUUGUGAUAACGCGACUAAUUUUGUAGGAGCGCGAAAUGAGUUAAACGAGAACCUUUCAGUUCUCGUCAGAGAACACCUCCGGAGCGAGCAAGAAGGACAAUACACCGCGCACGAACUGAUAUACGGACACCAAGCGACUCUACCUACGGCCCUGACUCAACCGCCGCGACCGACGUACUCAUACGACGACUACGCGCAAGAAUUACGCGAGAGAAUGCGAGCAACGCAACAGGCGGCGAAGGAACAAGUAAUAAUCGAGAAAGAAAAAGAAAAAGCUCAAUACGACAAACGAACUAAAAACGUAGAGUUUAACGUAGACAACGACAUUACCAACAAUUCAUUACCAGGGAGACUGAAACAAUAA